AUGUCAUCUAUUCCUUCAAAUCAAAUAAUUUUUGAAUGGUGUGCAGACCUGAAAAAGCUUGAUUUAUAUCUUAACUCCAUAAAUCAAUCACAAAGCAAAGAAGGCGUAAUACUGUUAAAAACAUUACUUAAAAAAGAUGAUUUUCCAAAAAAUAUUACAUGUGAAAGCAUUGAUGAUUGUUUUUUUUUUUCAUUGUCUACACAUCAAUUCCAACUAGUUCAAGCUGCUUGCAAGGUGAUACUAAAAACUCAAUUGUCACUACAAAUUAUUGAAUCCAACACACCAAUAAAUGUUCAACCAGUUCUUUUUCGAAGCUUAUUGAGUUAUGGACGAGACUUCUUUGGGAAUGAUCCACAAAACAAUCCAAUUAUUUUAUAUCAUCGUUGGAUAAUAAGGUCAAGUUCAAAUAAUAUUGAAUUUGAAAUAAAUUUAGAUCAAAAUAAGAAAUCAGCAGAACUCUUAAAUGAAUUAUAUGUAAAAAUGACUGAGCAACUUAUGUCAAAUUCAACAACAAAUUCUGUUGACCGUUUAUUUUGUAAUCAAUUAGCCUAUGAAUUAGGCGAAUAUUAUUUUGCUGUUGAUAAACAUUUAGCAAUAGAUUUUUUAUGUAGGUGUCUAUUAGAAAGUGAUGAAUCAAUGAUAGACCAUCAGUCUUUUUGCACAAUAAAUCAGCCAAAGAUUUUACCAUUAGUUACAUCACUUAAAGAAGUAAAAAUAAAGUUCAAUACAUUAAAUAAAAUAUUGUACUUUCAACAAAACCAAGAUUACGAAGGGGUGUAUAUUUUAUUGUUUAGAUUACUAUUAGAUAAAAAGAAAUUAGAUACUCAUUCACAUGAAGAACUUUCUUAUAGUCUUAGAAACAAUUUAGUGAAUGAGGCUAUGAAUUUACAACAGGAACAUUCUGCAAUUAAAAUAGCAAUCUGCAAUGCUUUAGAUUUAGAUGAAAAAAUGUUGGAUCAGAUACCUUUAUCAUGUAUUCAAUAUCUUGGCAAUUAUUUUAAUGAGGAACUUUUAAAAGAUAUUAUUGAAAUAUUUAAGAAAUUAUUUGGAAAUUAUCCUGGUGUUAAUAUGAGUGCAAAUAAAAGAGAAUUUAUCAUACAGCUUAUUAGUAAAAUUAAUAAUGAAGAUGUUUGGAAUUAUAUUUGUAAAACUGAAGGAUUUGAAUUUAUACAAUAUUCAAUCGAAAAUAAUUUAGAAGAAUUUUCUUCAUUAUUUGUACCAUAUAGUCACAACAUUGAUUCUAUGGAAAUUAUUGAGGUACUUGAUAAUCAACAAAAAGAUGAUUGGACAGAAAUUGAUCAUUUGAUAAAAGAUGAUAUUAAUAAUAGCCAUGAAAAUAUUAAUAAUCUAGACAAUUUAGAUACAAUUAAAACAUCUUGUAAUAAUAUUUUAAAUAGGAUUGGUAUUAUGAACAUACAAGUUCUUGAAAGUAUUGCAUUAAUUAUGAUUGAAUCUCAUUGUUGGGACUUUCUUGAAACAUUUUUAUCAAAUCUGAAUACAAGGAGGAAAAAUAUCAAUAAUGGAAAAUAUGAACAAAUAUUCCUGUUUUGUGAUAUUAUGAUUCCAUGUGUUCAGAUUUUGAAAUUUUUUUCAAAAUAUACAAAAGAUAUAAUAUGUGUUGAAAAUCAUAGUGUAAAACUUCAAAAGCAUUUUGAUAUAAUAUUUGAUAUGAGUUUUCAAGAAAUAAGAAAUAUUCGUGCAGCAUUUUAUAAUUUUGUUAAAGCUUUAACAUUCAGAGGAAAUGAUUAUAAAUUGGUUCUUGAUUUUUUUGUAAGAAUAAAAAAAGUUGUAUGGAUUCAUCAAAUUUUCAGAAGUUUAAUGGCAGGGUAUUUAUGUGAAACUCAAAGACAGAAAAAAUAUAAGAAAUUAAACACCCAAUUAUAUGGACCAUUCACAAUACUAAUGAUGUCAACUAGUUGUGCAACAGAAAUUUGGCCUGAUAGAGGAUUACAUCAAUUGAGAAAGGUUCUUAAUGAAAAAAUCAAAAGAAUAAGAUAUGAUAUAACUGAAAUAUUAAUUGAUUGGUGUAAGCUAUCUGCAAAAAAUGACAAUCAACCAACAUAUCAAACGGAUCUUAUUUUAUCAAAUAUUUAUUAUUUACAAGGCUCUCCAUUGAAAUCACUGAGUUUGGAUGCAAUUGCAUCAAUGACUUUUUUUUUUACACGAUUGGAAAAAAUUGAGGAAUCUCUUGUUUCAUUUGAACAAAUAAUAAGAUGUUGUAUCUCUAGAAAAGUAUUUCAUCAAUUUAAUCGUGAUGAAAUAACUUAUAUUGAAACCAGCUAUUUGCUUGACAUUUCUUUAAGUAAUGGGUCAUUGAAAACUUCCCAGUUUGCAAAUUAUUUAUGGGAAACCCAAUUAUUAAAAUAUAUUUGCAGUGAUGCAACAUCUUGUAAUGAAGUAGUUAAAUGGUUGAAAUCGAUUCUUUUUGAGGAAUCUCCUGAAAUGUUUCCAGAUAGUUUUGUACGAGAAGCCUACAAAAGAUACUUAUUUAGACCUAGAAUAAAACUUAUUGGAUUGGACAUUGAUCCAAAACAUUUAACUAAAAGAAUUGAAAGUAUAAAACAAGAUUUUCUUGUUGUUUUAAAUGAUUGGAUUAGCAAGGAUUAUGAGGGUUGGCGCCUCGUGGAAAAUAUGUUGGACAUGUCUAAUGCAUAUCCAAUGCCUGUGUCAAACUGA